GUUUUUGAUAUAUAAACAGAUUCCGAAUUAGUUUGUAUUGAAGGUCAUAUAGGGCCUAUAAAUGCAUUAAUUCAUUUAGAAGAAUGCAAAUUAUUAAGUGGUGGAAACGAUAAAACAAUAAGGCUUUGGGAUUGGGAAAAAGGGAGUUAAAUUUAAGCUUUUUAUCAUCAUGAUAAACCAGUAAGAGCUUUAUUGAAAUUAGACGAAGAUCUAUUCGCAUCAGGAGGAGGGGAGAAGAUAAUAUAUAUAGUAUCUAUAUCUUAAAAAAAAGUAAUUAGGUAAUUAAAUGAAUGCUCGGAUACUAUUUUGAGCUUAGAAAAAUUAAAUGGGGAUACUCUUGCUUGUGGGACAGCUAAAGGAGUAAUUGGUAUAUAUAAUUAUACUGAAAACAAAUGCUUAAAUUUACAACCUUUACAUAAUGGAGCCGUAAAGGCAUUGGUUUAUAUGAAGGAUUAGCAAAAAUUAAUUUCUGGAGGUGAUGAUUCUUAUAUAAAUAUUCUCAAUUUAGAAACUGGGGAACAUUUGAAUAAACUUAGCGGACAUCAUGGGGCAAUUUCUUGUCUUUUGCUUUUAAAUUCGGGGUCUAUUUUUGCCUCAGGAGGAUGGGAUGGAUAAAUUAUUCUCUGGGAUUUGGAAAGAAGGGAGUAAAUUAUUUCUAUUAAAGAGAAUGAAAAUUUCGUUUUGUCUAUAAUUUAUAUGAACGAUGGAAAAAGUAUAGUCUCAGGCGGUUCUGAUAAAAUGGUUAAAGUUUGGAUGAUGAAAUAAUAGGCUACUCUUGAAGAGCUAUCUGCUGAUUUGAAAUCUUUUAAUGGGUAAGGGAUUAUUCAUACAGAAGGUAAUUAGAUUGUACUUUCCACACCGAAAAAUGGAAAAUGUACUGCUUGUUAAAUUUAUUGA